AUGCCACCAACAACUCAGGCCCUUCGGCAUGCUUCAGCACUUCUGGUGCGACAGCCUCGUCUAGGUCUGCGUGUCCCGGGCAGGCACUUCACUACCCAGUUGCGGCCUGCUGCUGCUCAGUCGCAUAUCCUGAGGUCCAAGGUACCAUCCUGGCAACAGAAUAGACCUGUGAGGCCGGUCAGACACUAUGCUGCUGUGGCUCAAGAGGCCCCGAGGCCGGAGGCUUAUCUUGAGAGCGGUGUCAUCGAGCCAGGCAAGAACCUCGUGGAUGUGAAGAAGGUGCUGGUCAUUGGUUCAGGUGGUCUCAGUAUUGGUCAGGCUGGCGAGUUUGACUACUCCGGAUCACAAGCACUCAAAGCACUGAAAGAGGCCGGCGUCACCUCAGUCCUAAUCAAUCCCAACAUUGCGACUAUCCAGACCGACCACAAGCUCGCCGACGAACGAGAAAAGCCGGAUGGCAUCCUCCUCACAUUCGGCGGUCAGACCGCCCUCAAUCUGGGAGUCAAGAUGCAGCGUAUGGGUAUCUUCGAGCGCUAUGGUGUAAAGGUUCUGGGCACACCCAUCAAGACCUUGGAGACGAGUGAGGACCGAGACCUGUUCGCGAAAGCCCUCAAUGAGAUCAACAUUCCUAUUGCUGAGUCCAUAGCUGUUGAGACUGUGGAUGAGGCGCUCGACGCUGCGGAGAAAGUCGGAUACCCCAUCAUUGUUCGGUCAGCAUAUGCGCUUGGUGGUCUGGGAUCAGGUUUCGCCAACAAUGCGGAGGAGCUGCGGGACCUGUCCUCGCGGUCGCUCUCCCUCUCACCACAGAUCCUAGUCGAGAAGUCGCUCAAGGGCUGGAAAGAGCUGGAGUACGAGGUCGUUCGAGACGCCGACAACAACUGCAUAACGGUCUGUAACAUGGAGAACUUCGAUCCGCUGGGCAUUCACACAGGCGACAGUAUCGUGGUGGCUCCUAGUCAGACGUUGAGUGACGAGGAGUACCAUAUGCUGCGGACAGCUGCCAUCAAGAUUGUACGGCAUCUGGGUGUUGUGGGCGAGUGCAAUGUGCAGUACGCCUUGCAGCCAGAUGGACUUGACUACCGAGUCAUCGAGGUCAAUGCUCGUCUGUCCCGGUCAUCUGCGCUGGCUUCGAAAGCGACCGGCUAUCCCCUUGCUUACACGGCUGCGAAGAUCGGUCUGGGCCACACUCUGCCCGAACUACCAAAUGCAGUGACGAAGACGACUACAGCAAACUUCGAACCCAGUCUGGACUACAUCGUCACAAAGAUACCUCGAUGGGAUCUGUCGAAAUUCCAGCAUGUCAAGCGUGACAUUGGCAGCGCUAUGAAGUCGGUCGGAGAAGUCAUGGCCAUCGGCCGUACAUUCGAGGAGUCCUUCCAAAAGGCCAUUCGCCAGGUCGACCCUCGUUACGUUGGCUUCCAAGGCGACAAGUUUGAUGACCUCGACGAGACCCUCAAAAAUCCCACUGACCGACGAUGGCUGGCUGUUGGUCAAGCUAUGAUCCACGAAGGAUACUCGGUCGAGAAACUACAUGAGCUUACCAAGAUCGACAAGUGGUUCCUGCAUAAGCUCCAAAACCUGAAGAACACUAUGGAUGAGCUCACAGAAAUCGGCUCGCUCUAUGGCAUCAAGGAGGAGCUGAUGAUGAAAGCAAAGAAGCAAGGUUUUUCCGACAAGCAGAUUGCUUCGUAUGUCGGUGCACACGAGAACGACGUCCGAGCCCGACGAAAGCGUUUCGGUAUUCGCCCAUGGGUCAAGAAGAUCGAUACUCUGGCUGCAGAGUUCCCUGCUGACACAAAUUACCUGUACACAACAUAUAACGCGAGCUCACACGACGUAACAUUCGAUGACCAUGGAACUGUGAUCCUCGGUUCAGGAGUCUACCGUAUUGGCUCGUCGGUCGAGUUCGACUGGUGUGCUGUCAACGCCACACUCAGCUUGAGAAAUAUGGGAAAGAAGACUGUCAUGAUCAACUAUAACCCUGAGACAUACAGCACCGACUUCGACACUGCAGACAAGCUGUACUUCGAAGAGUUGAGCUACGAACGUGUGAUGGAUAUUUAUGAGCUUGAAAACGCCAAUGGCGUGGUCGUCAGUGUCGGUGGCCAGCUGCCUCAGAAUAUCGCUCUCCGCCUGCAACAGGAUGGCAAAGCUAAAGUUCUUGGGACGAACCCCGAGGACAUCGACAAGGCCGAAGAUCGCCACAAGUUCUCACAAAUUCUGGACUCUAUCGGCGUCGACCAACCCGCGUGGAAGGAGCUCACAUCAGUCUCAGAGGCAUACAAGUUCGCCGACGAGGUCAGCUACCCAGUUCUGAUUAGACCAUCAUACGUCCUCUCCGGAGCAGCAAUGAGCGUCGUCCACUCCAAGGACGAGCUCAAGAACAAGCUCGAAAAUGCCGCUGCCGUUAACCCAGAACAUCCCGUUGUGAUCACCAAAUUCAUCGAAGGGGCCCAAGAAAUCGACGUCGACGGCGUCUCCCACGACGGCAACCUCAUCCUCCACGCCGUCUCCGAACACGUUGAGCCCGCCGGCGUGCACUCCGGCGAUGCCACCCUAGUCCUCCCACCGGCCAACCUCUCGAGCGAAACCCAAACCCGCGUCAAGGAAAUCGCCGAGAAAGUCGCAAAAGCCUGGUCCAUUACUGGCCCCUUCAACAUGCAAAUCAUCAAAACCGACGCCGACGAACUCAAAGUCAUCGAAUGCAACCUCCGUGCCUCCCGCUCCUUCCCCUUUGUCAGCAAAGUCCUUGGGACCAAUUUCAUCGACGCCGCUACCAAAGCCCUAGUCAAUACCGACGUCCCCGCUGCUCGCGACCUGAUGUCCGAGAAGCGCGACUUCCUCGCUACCAAGGUGCCCCAAUUCUCCUGGACACGUCUAGCUGGCGCCGACCCCUUCCUGGGAGUCGAGAUGAGCAGCACAGGUGAGAUCGCCUGCUUCGGCAAGAACCUCGUCGAGGCAUACUGGGCGUCAAUGCAAUCAACCAUGAACUUCCGCCUUCCCGAACCUGGCGAGGGCAUCCUCCUCGGUGGCUCCACCGAGCUUCCCGAGCUGCCAAAGAUAGUAGACUACCUCGAGCCAUUAGGGUACAAAUUCUACGCCGCCAACCAAACCGUGGCUUCGCAUCUCGAGCAGAGCACGAGCAAGAAUGUCAAAGUUGAGGUGUUGGAUUUCCCAAAGACGGACAAGAACGCACUACGAAAAGUGUUUGAGAAGGCUAAUAUUAAGGGCGUGUUCAAUAUUGCCAAGCAGCGAGGUCAGACGCUCUUGGACGAGGAUUAUGUGAUGAGGAGGAAUGCUGUUGAUUUCGGAACACCUCUGUUCAUGGAAGCGAAAACCUCCCUCCUCUUCGCGCAAUGCAUGAAUGAGAAGCUGCCGCGCAAGGAAGGCGUCAUCCCGCCGGAGGUGCGCAGCUGGGCGGAUUUUGUAGGUGGGAAGAUGAUGUGA